CGGCCCCGGUAGACAUUCUGGCCUAGGUUAAUUGGUGCUUAGGGUGGCGGAGUCAAACUGUCACGACCCAGGCUGCAGAGCACCAAUAACCAAACACAGAGGCCAGAAUCUAUCUAAUAUCUUUAUUAAGGAAAUAUAUAAAGUUAAUAAAAGCAAGUGUAGGAAAUAGUUCAGAAGUAGACCUUUCAGGAAAGGUCAAAAUUAGUCCAAAGAAACAAUGUCCAAUAUGAAAUAUUAAGGUCCAAAGUUGUAAUCCAAUAACCGAAACACCCACUUUGCCAGGCAAAGUGAGGGGAGAUGACAAGGUUCUUAGUCCAAGGAACUUGAUGUAAGGCUAGGAAGUAAACUUGAUUCUUGGAACACAAGGCUUGAUACAAGGCAACAAGGUACGAGGAACAGGGACAAGAUCCGUGGUAAAUACUUGGCAAGGUCCUGGAAAGCAAGGCAAGGUCCGUGAAGCAAAACAAGGCUGGGAACGUGAACGAAGGCUUGGAAACGGGAACGAAGGGUUGGAAACAGGAACGAAGGCUUGGAAACGGGAGUAGCGCUGUCCACACACAACCUACUCCAGUUGCUGACGAAUUGACUCCGCAAAAUUCCUUCAGGGCAAGGAACCUAAAUAGGGUCCCUUUCCCACCAAAGAACACUUCUCUGGGGAACCAGAACCGAAAGUCAAUCUCUGUGUCCAGAUGCAUGACUCCCUAAAGGUUCUCAUGAAAGCAGUCUUAAUCAGCUGAAUGCCUGGCUGCGAUUCUCAGGCUUCUGCGAUUAGCCUGUUGAACUCCUUUUUGUUGUUGAUAAUAACUACGGCGAGAAAAUGGGGGAGAUUUUGACUCAGGGCUUGUUUGGCAGAUUUCUGGAAGACAAACCUCCUGCAGGUGCAAGGGCUCCAGUUCUGGCUGGGAAAGUUCCAAUUCUGGCUGAAAUGGUGGAAAACCCAAGUUUUCCUCUUCAUCUGCCACAACAGCGCUAGGAACGGGACUACAUGGCCCAUGAGUCAUCACAUAAGCUGAGCAGUGGAGGAGGCCCUGAGAUGGAGGAGGCCACUAGAUGUUAUAAGCUGAGCAGUGGAGGAGGCUCUGAGAUGGAGGAGGUCACUAGAUGUUAUAAGCUGAGCAGUGGAGGAGGCCCUGAGAUGGAGGAGGCCACUAGAUGUUAUAAGCUGAGCAGUGGAGGAGGCCCUGAGAUGGAGGAGGCCUCUAGAUGUUAUAAGCUGAGCAGUGGAGGAGGCUCUGAGAUGGAGGAGGCCUCUAGAUGUUAUAAGCUGAGCAGUGGAGGAGGCCCUGAGAUGGAGGAGGCCACUAGAUGUUAUAAGCUGAGCAGUGGAGGAGGCCCUGAGAUGGAGGAGGCCACUAGAUGUUAUAAGCUGAGCAGUGGAGGAGGCUCUGAGAUGGAGGAGGCCUCUAUAUGUUAUAAGCUGAGCAGUGGAGGAGGCCCUGAGAUGGAGGAGGCCACUAGAUGUUAUAAGCUGAGCAGUGGAGGAGGCCCUGAGAUGGAGGAGGCCACUAGAUGUUAUAAGCUGAGCAGUGGAGGAGGCCCUGAGAUGGAGGAGGCCACUAGAUGUUAUAAGCUGAGCAGUGGAGGAGGCCCUGAGAUGGAGGAGGCCUCUAGAUGUUAUAAGCUGAGCAGUGGAGGAGGCUCUGAGAUGGAGGAGGCCUCUAGAUGUUAUAAGCUGAGCAGUGGAGGAGGCCCUGAGAUGGAGGAGGCCACUAGAUGUUAUAAGCUGAGCAGUGGAGGAGGCCCUGAGAUGGAGGAGGCCACUAGAUGUUAUAAGCUGAGCAGUGGAGGAGGCUCUGAGAUGGAGGAGGCCUCUAGAUGUUAUAAGCUGAGCAGUGGAGGAGGCCCUGAGAUGGAGGAGGCCACUAGAUGUUAUAAGCUGAGCAGUGGAGGAGGCUCUGAGAUGGAGGAGGUCACUAGAUGUUAUAAGCUGAGCAGUGGAGGAGGCUCUGAGAUGGAGGAGGCCACUAGAUGUUAUAAGCUGAGCAGUGGAGGAGGCCCUGAGAUGGAGGAGGUCACUAGAUGUUAUAAGCUGAGCAAUGGAGGAGGCUCUGAGAUGGAGGAGGCCUCUAGAUGUUAUAAGCUGAGCAGUGGAGGAGGCUCUGAGAUGGAGGAGGUCACUAGAUGUUAUAAGCUGAGCAGUGGAGGAGGCUCUGAGAUGGAGGAGGCCUCUAGAUGUUAUAAGCUGAGCAGUGGAGGAGGCUCUGAGAUGGAGGAGGCCAUUAGAUGUUAUAAGCUGAGCAGUGGAGGAGGCUCUGAGAUGGAGGAGGCCUCUAGAUGUUAUAAGCUGAGCAGUGGAGGAGGCUCUGAGAUGGAGGAGGUCACUAGAUGUUAUAAGCUGAGCAGUGGAGGAGGCUCUGAGAUGGAGGAGGUCACUAGAUGUUAUAAGCUGAGCAGUGGAGGAGGCCCUGAGAUGGAGGAGGCCUCUAGAUGUUAUAAGCUGAGCAGUGGAGGAGGCUCUGAGAUGGAGGAGGCCAUUAGAUGUUAUAAGCUGAGCAGUGGAGGAGGCUCUGAGAUGGAGGAGGCCUCUAGAUGUUAUAAGCUGAGCAGUGGAGGAGGCUCUGAGAUGGAGGAGGUCACUAGAUGUUAUAAGCUGAGCAGUGGAGGAGGCUCUGAGAUGGAGGAGGCCACUAGAUGUUAUAAGCUGAGCAGUGGAGGAGGCUCUGAGAUAGAGGAGGCCAUUAGAUGUUAUAAGCUGAGCAGUGGAGGAGGCUCUGAGAUGGAGGAGGCCAUUAGAUGUUAUAAGCUGAGCGGUGGAGGAGGCUCUGAGAUGGAGGAGGCCUCUAGAUGUUAUAAGCUGAGUAGUGGAGGAGGCUCUGAGAUGGAGGAGGUCACUAGAUGUUAUAAGCUGAGCAGUGGAGGAGGCUCUGAGAUGGAGGAGGCCACUAGAUGUUAUAAGCUGAGCAGUGGAGGAGGCUCUGAGAUAGAGGAGGCCUCUAGAUGUUAUAAGCUGAGCAGUGGAGAAGGCUCUGAGAUGGAGGAGGCCACUAGAUGUUAUAAGCUGAGCAGUGGAGGAGGCUCUGAGAUAGAGGAGGCCUCUAGAUGUUAUAAGCUGAGCAGUGGAGGAGGCUCUGAGAUGGAGGAGGCCACUAGAUGUUAUAAGCUGAUCAGUGGAGGAGGCUCUGAGAUGGAGGAAGCCACUAGAUGUUAUAAGCUGAGCAGUGGAGGAGGCUCUGAGAUGGAGGAGGUCACUAGAUGUUAUAAGCUGAGCAGUGGAGGAGGCUCUGAGAUGGAGGAGGCCACUAGAUGUUAUAAGCUGAGCAGUGGAGGAGGCUCUGAGAUGGAGGAGGCCACUAGAUGUUAUAAGCUGAGCAGUGGAGGAGGCUCUGAGAUGGAGGAGGCCUCUAGAUGUUAUAAGCUGAGCAGUGGAGGAGGCCCUGAGAUGGAGGAGGCCACUAGAUGUUAUAAGCUGAGCAGUGGAGGAGGCUCUGAGAUGGAGGAGGCCACUAGAUGUUAUAAGCUGAGCAGUGGAGGAGGCUCUGAGAUGGAGGAGGCCUCUAGAUGUUAUAAGCUGAGCAGUGGAGGAGGCCCUGAGAUGGAGGAGGCCACUAAAUGUUAUAAGCUGAGCAGUGGAGGAGGCUCUGAGAUGGAGGAGGCCACUAGAUGUUAUAAGCUGAGCAGUGGAGGAGGCUCUGAGAUGGAGGAGGCCACUAAAUGUUAUAAGCUGAGCAGUGGAGGAGGCUCUGAGAUGGAGGAGGCCACUAGAUGUUAUAAGCUGAGCAGUGGAGGAGGCUCUGAGAUGGAGGCGGCUGCUACAUGUCAAAAGCACAGCGGAGCUGCCAUGUGAAAUAAGUACCACUGUAUGAAAGUCUGAUCAUUCUUUAGCGUUUCCCUUUUUUGGUAUGGGGAAAGAAGUUGAUUUUUUUUUCCAAUUGGUAAUUCCUGUGUUUUCCAUAUUUGCUGGCAUAUGGCAUGCAUCACCUUGACAGCAUCGUCGUUCAACGUUUUAAACCCUUCAGCUGGGAUCCCGUCAUCUCCUGCUGCCUUGCUAUUAGCAAUGCUUCUUAAGGCCCUUUCAACCUAAUUCCUCAAGAUGUCUGGUUCUAAACCAUUCGCCACACCGUCAAAAGCCAUCCUUGAUAUUAUCCUUCCUAUACAGAUCUUCUGUAUAGACUGGCCUCCUUCUCUUGAUCUCUUCAGCUUCGGUUAGGUCCUUGCCAUCUUUGUUUUUGAUCAUGCCCAUUUUUGCCUGAAAUUUACCUCUGAUGUUUCUAACCAUAUGGAACUUAAGCGUGGGGCCAGCAUUCCGAACAGAAGAUGGGCUGGAGAUGUUGUUACGGUUUUGGAUAUGGUUUGUGUAGUGUGAAAUCUUCACUUGUGUUUAAAGCUAGUGUGUGCCUGCAAUGUGUAAUGCUUUGUAUAGCAUUCCAGUAGAGCAAUAGUUAAGUGCAUAGAGAAGGAUUUAUUGCUAGAGUGACACUGUGUAGUUUCCGCAGAUGUAGCCGGACAUAAGUCACUGUUGUGGAAUGUGGGCGUCAACAGUUUUACUGAUAAUGGUCUUUGCUCGCCGCAAGCAAAAGAGCCGGACGUUGCAAUGGUCCGAGCUGACUGUCCUGUGUAAAUGAAGAUAGAUUGAGACAAAAAGGCAAAUGUGUCUCGGUUAACUCUCACACUGUCAAAUGUCACUGCCUUGGCCCUUUCAUUAUUGGCUGCUACUUCCCGGUGGAUGUCAGGUGGUGCAGUGCCGGCUAAACAGUAUAAUUUCUCCAGCGGUGUAGGGCGUAGACAUCCUGUGAUGAUGUGGCAUGUCUCAUUUAGAGCCACAUCCACUGUUUUAAUGUGGUGAGACGUGUUCCAUGCUGGGCAUGCGUAUUCAGCAGCAGAGUAUCAAAGCGCAAGGACAGGUGUCUUCUGACGAUGUGUGAGAGGCUAAUCGAGACUUAUUCACCUUUUCCGUCUCAAUUCCUCUCCUUCAGAAGAAGGAGAAAUCUGUCCAGUCUCACAGAAAAUAAACUCUCAUCAGUCAGUUGUCUGCCAAUCCCAGUGGUUCAGAGCUUUAUUGAAGUUAUUUACAGCUAAAUGCACCUAAUACACAUGUCCGGCAGAAUUGAUGGCGACCAGCGAAGAAGCUUAUCAGUAAAACUUGUCGCUGCCCACAUUCCAUUCCCAGUGACUUAUGUCCGGCUACGUAAGCGGAAGCUGAAUUAAUGUCACUCUAGGCAGUAAAUCUGAUUCUGUGCACUUAAUCAUGCCUCUGCUGGAAUGUUUACCGAAGCAGCACACACUUACUUAACAAUGAGUGAACGUUUCACACACUACAUAAACCAUUACUCUGACAUCUUCACUGUGUCUAGUUGUGAUGCCCAGGUUCUGCCAGUCAGCUUUAGUAUGAUGUUAUUUCUAGCGCCCACUUCUUGCUUGAUAUUCAAGGUCUGCUUCUUGUAAGUCCAGAGCACGGUCCAGAGUGACUCCCAGGCAUGUUGGGUGUGCUGCAAUGCUCCAGUGGCAUUCCUUCCCAGGUCAUCCUCAGAGCUCAAGAUGCUUGUUUGUUCUGAAGGGGAAAAGCCCACGUCUGCAUUUUAGACGGAUUAGGAGUAAGCUGGUUUUCCCUGUAAGAGGCAGUAAGAGCACCUCAGGCUUCGGAGACAUGAGAGAAGCAAGCCUCCCUGCAGGAUUGCAAAACAUCCAGGCCUUCCCUGCGCAACGUCUUUGUAGACGGCUGGUUCUCUCACACCAGAAGCGACUUGCAGCAUGCAUGCAACCAACCAAAUAAAGAAAGUGUUUGGAGUAAGAAGCUGGGCCUGAGUUCCUGGCCCAUGACUCAAGUUAAGCCUUUGGUUUUGGGGUUCAAGUACAGUAGUGUCUCACUUAUCCAACACUUGCUUAUCCAACAUUCUGGAUUAUCCAAUGCAUUUUUGUAGUCAAUGUUUUCAAUACAUCGUGAUAUUUUGGUGCUAAAUUUGUAAAUACAGUAAUUACUACAUAGCAUUACUGUGUAUUGAACUCCUUUUUCUGUCAAAUUUGUUGUAUAAUUUGUUGGUGCUUCAUUUGUAAAAUCAUAACCUAAUUUGAUGUUUAAUAGGCUUUUCUUUAAUCUCUCCUUAUUAUCCAACAUAUUCGCUUAUCCAACGUUCUGCUGGCCUGCUUACGUUGGAUAAGUGAGACUCUACUGUAUAUUGGAAGUUUCUAUAUUCCUGUGGUGAUAUUCACGAUCCAGUUUUUCGAAGAAUCCCUUGUGCUUGUGGACUGAUGCGGUUCUUGUGGUUUUUGGCUAUUCGUGGGUUGUAUCACCUUGGAAUCUGAUUGAGCAAAAGCAAAGGGGUCAUCGGGCAAAACCAAAAGAAGUCAUGUCAUCGAAAUGGAAAAACAGUGAAAUGCGAAAUAGUGCCCCCUAGUCCCAUUUCCACGAGGCAUCCCAGAAGGAUAGCGUGGUCCAAGGCUGCUUAGCAGUCCAAAAGAAGCGAAGAAGACUCACCGGGAUGUGGACCAAACCAGGCGACACAGCGACAGGCUGCAAAGGCAACAGACAAGGAGCAAGAACCAAAGAGAGAGAGACAGGGACUGCCUUCCUUCCUUCCUGUUGUAAACAGGAAGUGAGCUUCCCAAGGGAACGGCCUUCAGAGGGAGAUGCUGCAGCGCAUCACAAGGGUCUCCAUGGCGCCCCCUGCAGGCACGGAACAGCCAUCCAGGGAGGGAGGGGGGAGGGAGGGAGGAAGAGCUCCCUUGAUGGACAGGACCAGAGGAGGGGCAGGAUGGGAAAGCCAUCCUCAUAAUAAUGUAAUAAUAAUAAUAAUCUAUCAUAAAAUAAUAUAUAAUAUCAUGAAAAUAAAAUAAUAAUAUAAAAUAAAACAUAAUAAUAAUUCUUAUAUAUCACUAUUAUAAUUUGACAUUGAUCAAAGCACAGGAUCGUAUAUUUUGGCAAAGGGUAGAUUUACGUGAAGCCCAAUGGAUCAACAACAAAUCGGAUAGGAUAAGAUAAUUAUAAUAUUAUAUGAUAUUGGGAUAAUAUAAUAAUAAAAAAACAUUAUAUAUAUACAGUAGAGUCUCACUUAUCCAACGUAAACAGGCUGGCAGAACAUUGGAUAAGCGAAUAUGUUGGAUAAUAAGGAGAGAUUGAAGAAAAGCCUAUUAAACAUCAAAUUAGUUAUGAUUUUACAAAUUAAGCACCAAAACAUCAUGUUAUACAACAAAUUUGACAGAAAAAGUAGUUCAAUACGCAGUAAUACUAUGCAGUAAUUAAUGUAUUUACGAAUUUAGCACCAAAAUAUCACGAUGUAUUGAAAACAUUGACUACAAAAAUGCAUUGGAUAAUCAAGAAUGUUGGAUAAGUGAGACUCUACUGUACAUUAAUAAAUCAUACAAUAAUAUAAUAAUUGUAUAAUGUGUCUGUUGAGUUGAAAAUUCUAAAGGAAAAGGGUAAAGGUUUUCCCCAGUCGUGUCUGACUCUGGGGGUUGGGGCUCAUCUCCAUUUCUAAGCCGAAGAGCCGGCGUUGUCCGUAGACACCUCCAAGGUCAUGUGGCCGCUUUAUGCGGGGAGGCUAAUUUAAGGAAUUUAGGACACCCUAAAGACUGCCGGCAGCGUGCGGGAAGGAAGGAGGAAGUCCUCCCACCAAGGACUCGGUGUCACAAGUGGGCGGCGAGGCGGCAGCGCCCCCUGUGGGCGGAACGGAGCACUCCCUCCUGGAGCCGGAAGAGGGAAACACGUUGGAUGGACUGUGUGUGUGUGGUGUGUGUGGUCAUGGCCUGGCGUGUUUGCCGUGUGGGUGUAGAAAGGCUGCGAGGAGAAACCUCCACAGGUGAGAAGACUGGCGGGGAGUGGGCGUGGCUGGCCUUGGCCCCGGGGAGAGAGAGAGAGAGAGAGAGAGAGAGAGAGAGCCCUGGGCCCAGCCAGGGAGGGGUCUGGCCAGGCCGGGCGGACAGGCAGAGCCAAGGCCCCACUGGGGUCCCUGUCGGGGUCUGGCGAGACUGGCCCUGGGAGCCCGGGAGGUGUCCUUCCCCUUCCCAGAGGGCCCUGCGCCCAGCCUGGCCCCCUCCCCCUCGGGACCCCCGGUGGCAGGGAUGGUGUCCGGGGGGGAGGAGAGAGAGAGACAGAGGGACCCACUCUGGCCUUCUCCUCCUUCUCUUCGAGGCCUUCUUCCUUUCUUCCUCCUCCCUCUCGCCCGUCAAUCAAAGGAGGGCUGAGCGGGACCCAGCCAAUGGGGUUCCUCCGGUGGGCGGGGCGUCCCGGGCUCAGCCAAUGGGAGGGGGCGAAGGCGGGCUCCGGGGAAGGAGGACGAGGAGGGGGAAGAUGGCGGCGCCUGGCCUGGCCUGAGGCCUGGUCUGUGUCUGUGAGGCGGGAAGGAAGGAAGGCGGCGGAGGGAGAGGACGGAGAGAGAGAGAGAGAGAGAGGGAAAUGAAGACCCUAUGAAGUCACCACAGGCAUGAAAAGAAAUUAUCAGUAUCUAGUAUAGAUUUAGGAAUUUGGAAACCAAAGGGCAAUAAUGAAAGAAAUCCUGCGGGAAGAAGAAAUCCUCUCUAGGUGCCAAUCUUGUGGAACUCAAUUUUGAUUAGAAAGAAAAAGGUAACACUCACGUGUCUGUAUCACAGUCAAUCAUAACUGUCAACAUGGAGGAGAAACCCUU